AUGAAACACAUGCAAGAUUGCAAGUUCUUUUCAUACAAUGCUCUCGCUACUGCCAUCAAGAAUGAGUUCAAUAAUGCUUCAAAUGUUAAUGUUAUCUUUAACAAGAAGUUUGUGAAAGAAUCUAAGUUUGGUCAGUAUGUCAGAGCAUUAGCUAUCGUCAUUGACCGCAAACGUUAUACUUCACAAGAGUUAGCAGUAGUUUUGAAACAAAAGAGUUUCUUCGUGAAUGUCAAAGAUACUCAUUAUACUGUCAUAAAGAACUCUAACGUUGACUUCUUCAGUAUUGCUUUAAAUCUUUCCGAACAGAAAGAAUAUAAGAAGGCGCCUUGCGCCGAGAUGGACUCAAAGAGCCCACCAGGUGAAGUAGUUGUGAAAUAUUAUCCUUCAUCUCUGAAGACAAUAACGAACAAAGAUGUUAUACAGAAAUUCUUACCAAAGGUUGAAGAAGCUUCUAUUGACAUUGACGAAGGAAGUGAAAUGGUUGAAGAAAUUGACCCUGAAGCUUUAUAA